AUGUAUCGAAACUAUACAUUACACCCUUAAACGCUCUCUCGAUUAGGUUUCCUUCUACACUUCGUCUUCUUCUUCACCAAACUCGCUCUCUCUCUCUCUCUCGUUUCGAUUUGCACGAUGGUUGACGCUAAACAAGUCCGCUUCAUCGUCGGAAUUAUCGGGAACGUGAUCUCUUUCUGUCUCUUUUUCUCGCCAGCGCCGACCUUUUUGAGGAUCAUCAAGAACAAGUCUGUAGAGGAGUUUCAACCGUGGCCUUACGUGGCAACCAUGAUGAACUGUAUGCUUUGGGUUUUCUACGGACUCCCUGUUGUUCACAAGGAUAGUCUACUUGUUACCACCAUUAAUGGGGUCGGCAUGGGUUUCGAAGCUAUCUACAUAUCCAUCUUCUUAAUCUACUGUGGCGGCACGAAAAACAUCAGGAGGAAGAUUGGGUUGUACCUUGUGGCUGAGGUUAUUGCCGUUGCAGGGAUUGUUUUGAUUACCCUUUUCGCUAUUCAAAAUGCCUUUGCCAAACAGACCUUCGUUGGUGUCAUCUGCGAUAUCUUCAACAUUGCUAUGUAUGGGGCUCCUUCACUUGUCAUCAAAAAAGUGAUAAGGACAAGGAGUGUAGAGUACAUGCCCUUUAUGUUAUCUUUCGUUAGUUUCGUUAACGCUGGGAUUUGGACUGCCUACUCUUUGAUCUACAAACUCGAUCUCUACGUUCUCAUAAGCAAUGGUCUUGGAACGACCUUGUGUGCAUCUCAGCUAAUUGUUUACUUCAUGUACCGCAACGCUACUCCCAAGGAUGAGAGUAAAACGAAGCCGGAGAUUGAAAUUCCUGGGACGGCCUGAGUUUCAAAUUCUUGAUGUUUGGAUCUCCUCUUCUAUACAUUUUCAUACACAUUUGUGUAUGUAUUAGGAGUUUAUCUUUGCAGCUUUUGUGUUUUGUUUUGGUUUUAAUAACAUUACUUCUUUCUUCUGGAUGGUUUUUUUAAUCAAAUAUUGAUUUGUCAAAAA